GGAGUCGCCGCCAGUAGUACUGACUUUCACAGCUAUCGAGACCGCGAAGAAGAAGAAGAAUGGUAUGAACAAGGAAGUCAAGUGUUUUCGAGGAAGCCAGCGGACGUUUCCUUUUGUUUUGUCUUUGUUUUUUGUGUACCAAAUCGAUCGUUAAUUUAUUAGUGUUGUUAGCUAUAUUACUUUAUAGACGUAUGACUGUCGUGUCGGUCGCUGUUAAAGUUAUUUUUUGUAACAAAGAAAAACUUGACGACAUUUUGCGUUUACGAGAAGUUAGCUUUUCAGGCUAACAACAGAGCUAGCAGGCCUGAACGCCAUCUGUCUAUUGUGUUGCCGUCAGUCAGACACCUGCACUGCUUUUGAUUAAUCAGCUAGUUUUAUGGUCUGUUUUAAUUUGGAAACUGAGUGAACAAAGGAGCCGGGCCGCUGUCAUCAGUCCAGAAUUAGCUUUACCGGUUGUCGGUUUUGUGGCUUACUUGCUCGUUACUAGCGCAGUGCUGUCAGGUACACUGACAAUAAAGGGAAAGCAACACUAUACAACAGAGGACGAGGAAAUCGGAUUAGGAUGUAUGCCCCGCCGGGUUCUACUGUCCCUGGAGGCCGAAGGAGGAGAGGGGGCACCUCGUUGCCCAAGCAGCCGGAGCGGAGCCUUGUGUCGGCUCUUCCCGGAGCUCUGUCCAUUACAGCGCUUUGUACAGCUCUGGCUGAGCCGGCUUGGCUCCGCGUCCACGGAGGAACCUGUCCGAGACAAGAGCUGGGGGUGUCAGAUGUCCUGGGAUACAUUGACCCCAAGCUUCUGGAUGAUUACUGCGUGAACCCGCAGACCAUCUUGCUGCUGAGAGUAAUCGCUGCCUUUUGUUUCCUGGGAAUCCUCUGCAGUCUGACUGCUUUUCUCUUGGAUGUGUUUGGUCCCAAGCACCCUGCCCUGAAAAUAACCCGCAGAUAUGCUUUUGCACAUAUUCUCACAGUGCUGCAGUGUGCCACAGUCAUAGGUUUUUGCUACUGGGCCUCAGAGCUGAUCUUGUCCCUACAGCAGCAGCACAAAAAGUACCACGGCUCUCUCAUAUACGUCACUUUUGCUAUCAGCUUCUACCUGGUGGCGGGCGCGGGCGGAGCAUCCAUCCUCGCCACAGCUGCAAAUCUCCUUCGUCACUACCCCACUGAGGAGGAAGAGCAGGCUUUAGAGCUGCUCUCGGAGAUGGAGGACAGCAGUGAAACAUUUCCUGCCGAUUAUGACAUUGCCAAUCAAUUUCAACCGCCACCCGCAUACACACCCUAAUGCCACCAGACUCGCCUUGCUAACACCUUUCUCUCUCAGCACAGCUACUUAGCUUGAUGGGCAAAGCCCCGCUCUUUAUCAAAUGGAUAUCUUUGCAAAAAUACUGAGUGAACACAGCGUGACAGUGCGCAGGUUCCUUGAAUGACGGUGCUUGGGUGCAUGAAAGCUUUCUUUAGUGGUGACAGAAAUGUAGAAGCUAAUUCUUACUUUCACCACUGGAGUUGUUGGUGAAUUGCAUGUAAAUGGCUUUUAGGGAUUUGGUUCAUACAUGUAAAGAAAACUAAACUUGCUGGAAGUGCUCAACACGGCUCAUGACAAUUAAUUGAUGGAACAACCAGAGCUGGAUUGUUUUUGUAGGAUUUAGUUGAAUGAGCGCUGUCGGCAGUUGUUUUGCUUUUGACCGGAUGUGAGUGGAGCUUUGUCUGCGUUAUGGUUUUAGUUUGACGUGCUUGCCAUUUGUGUGAAUUUCAUUUUACCGACACUUUACAGAUGCAGAAAUACACUGACGAGAUUCUUUGAACGUCUUUAUUUUAUAUAAGAUAUCAAAUUGGACCUCAUUUAUUGUCUGUGCUGUCUUUUUGUAGUUUUUGCUUUGUUCUUCUUUUCACUAGUUAAGUCUUCGUUGUUCCCUUCUGUACUUGACAUAAAAAAACUGUCAGAAAUUGGGAGCCAGGUCUUUGGUGUUUUAAAACGAAUCAUGGUGUGUGUGUGU